AUGCUCACCACCAUCGCCGAGGCCCUCGCCAACCUCCUCGACCCUUUGGCGACUGCACACCCACCCCACUACACGAUGAAGGCCCUCCUCACCACCGUCCGUCUCGCGCUCCCGCGCAUCCUCGCCCUCACUUCGCUAGCCUCCGCCGUCGCCAGCAGCCCCCACCGCUGCGCCACCGACGAAGACUGCAGCCUCAACGGCCUCUGCAACAUCGUCUCCGGCAGCUGCGCCUGCGACGCCGGCUGGACGGGCCCGGACUGCGGGGUGCUGGAUCUGCGCCCGGCCAAGCGCCGCUCCGGGUACAACCGCACCGCGGAGGGCACGUCGUCGUGGGGCGCGCGCAUCGUUCGCGACCCGUUCGACGACGGGCUGCACCACCUCUUUGCGGCCGAGUUUGCGCACGGCUGCGGGCUGGACUACUGGGCGCCGUACUCGCGCAUCGUGCGCGCCGAGUCGCGCGAGGGCGCGGCCGGGCCGUACGUGUUUGCCGACGAGGUCGCGGGCACGUUUGCGCACAACCCGACCGUGGUGCGCAGCCCGGCGGACCAGGCGUACUUGAUGUACUAUAUAGGCUGCCCGACCGAGGUGGACGCGUCGCGGUGCACAGGCAGGAAGUUUUCGUGCGGCCCGGGAAACGCAAACAAUGGUGAGAGCGGCAUCUCGGUCAUGACGAGCAGCGACCUGCGGACGUGGACGAGCGCGGGACAGGUGUUUUCGGGCACCAACAGCAGCACAGACUGGGACGCCGACGUGACGAAUCCGUCGGCGUUUCCGCUGUACGCGGCCGGCAAAGACGAGACGCCCGCGAUUCUGCUGGCGUAUCGCGGAUGCCCGUACGACUGCCUCGGCCGCGAGCAAAUCAACCUCGCCGUCGCCGCGACCGGGUACCGAGGCCCGUAUCACCGCGUACAGCCGGAUCCCGUGUUCGAGGCCGACAACGAGGACCCGUUUGUGUGGCGCGACAAGCGCGGGCACUGGCACAUGCUGACGCACUCGCUCGAGGCCGAGGGCGGGUUCGGCAACGGGCCCAAGGUCGGGCGGCACGCGUACGCGAGAGACUACGCGGGGCCGUGGACGCUGUCGACACAGCGCUCACUCGCGUUUGACACGACGGUGAGGUGGGAUGAUGGGGGCGAGGUGCGGUUCUACAGGAGGGAGAGGCCGCAGCUCAUGUUCUCAGAGGACGGGGAGAUGACGCCGCUGCUGCUGACGACGGGGGUGCAGCCGCGGGGGAGUGCAAUGAGCUAUACGGUGAUUGCGCCGGUGGGUGAUGCGGGAGUCGAGGCUCAGUAG